AUGAAGCUGCCGGUUCUUCUGCUCGGCCGGUCAGCAGACCUUCGGCCCGGUGAGUUCGUGGUCGCCAUCGGCAGCCCGUUCUCCCUGCAGAACACCGUCACCACCGGCAUCGUCAGCACCACUCAGAGAGGAGGCAAAGAGCUCGGCCUCCGAAACUCUGACAUGGACUACAUCCAGACUGACGCCAUCAUCAACUACGGCAACUCAGGAGGACCACUAGUCAAUCUGGACGGGGAAGUGAUCGGUAUCAACACUCUGAAGGUAACAGCAGGAAUCUCCUUCGCCAUCCCAUCGGAUAAGAUCAGACAGUUCCUGGCAGAGUCACAUGAAAGGCAAGCCAAAGGUAAAACGUACAUGAAGAAGAAAUACAUCGGAGUCAGAAUGAUGAGUCUCACUCCAACGCUGGCUAAGGAGCUGAAGGAGCGGCAGUCAGACUUCCCAGAUGUCACUUCAGGGUCUUACGUCAUCGAGGUCAUCAGCCGGACUCCAGCUGAGUCAGCUGGCCUGCAGGAGAGCGACGUCAUCAUCAGCAUCAACGGCGAGCGAGUCACCUCAGCCAGCGACGUCAGCGCUGCCAUAAAGCGGGACGAGACGUUGCGAACGGUGGUGAGGCGAGGCAACGAGGACGUCAUCCUCACCAUCGUCCCCGACGAGAUUGACCCUUGACCUCUCGGCCUCUCGGUCUGAGCAAACUAUCAACUCAACCAGUAACCCAAUCCAACCGACCAAUCCCGAGCUGGCUCUCAAGUGUUUUUCAACCAAUCAUGAACACUUUUGAAAAACCAAUAGGGGCGUGUGUGUGUGUGUGUGUCUGGAGCCACACCUACUGCUUUACUAGUACUACUACUCCUUUAAUGAUAUUACGCUGACACACACACCUUCAAAAAUCCACCUUCGUUACCACGGGAACUGAAGCUUCAACCCCUGUCAUCACACUUUGUCGUAGUUUUAGUUUUUUCUUCUUUAAUCCCCCGUUAACUUUCCAUCAUCACAGACGUGUUUAUAUUCUACUUACUUACGCCAUCUGUCUCUGCAAAGCGGUUGCUAAGGGUUACCAUAGUUCUGUCUCGUUGUUCAUGUUCUUGAUGGAAUAUUUUUUUAAUUGUAUUUUUUUUUGUCUAUAUGAGUUUAAAUGACAAUUUUUCCAAAAAAAGGGAGUAAAAUUAUUUUUAAAAGUGUUGUUUUUAUUAAAAACGUGUUGAUG